AUGAAAAUUUUAUUUAAAAGUUUUAUAAAAAUAUAUUUAAAAAAAGGUAAAAUAAAUAAAAGUAUAAAAUUAUUAAUAUAUAUAUUAUAUUUAUUAAAAAAAAUAACUAAAAAAUCUGGUAUAUUUAUUUUCAAUAAAGCAAUAAAAAAUUUAUUAUUACCUUUUUCAUUUUUUAAAAUGAAAAUUAAUACAAAUAUAUAUAACAUACCUAUUAUUAUAUCUUAUGAACAAUCUAUUUUUAAUGUAUAUAAAUUAUUUAAUAAAAUAAUAAAAAUUAAAAAUAUAAUAUUAUAUAAAUUAUUUUGUAAAUAUAUUGUUUUAAGUUAUAAUAAAGAAGGGAAUUUAUAUAAAAAUAAAUUAAAUUUAAUAAAACAAUUUAUUUCUAAUAGAGUAUAUAUAUAUUUAUUAGAUAAAUAUAAAAAUAUGUAA